AUGGGAGAAUCUGAAGAUGGUAUUGCUGUGGUCGGCAUCGGAUGCAAUUUUCCAGGAGGGGAAGGGCUCGACAACUUCUGGAAGGUUCUGUUGGAGGGAAGAAACUGUUCUGUACCAGUUCCCAGAGAAAGAUUUGACUUGGCCAGCUGGUAUGACCCCGAUGACAACAAAGCAGGAAAAUCCCACACAGCCAAGGCUGCUCUGAUUGAAGGGUUCAAUGAUUUUGACCACAAGUUUUUUGGCAUCAGUGACAGUGAAGUGGAACAAAUGGACCCUCAACAAAAGCUGCUUCUUCAGGUCGUCUACAGAGCUUUAGAAAAUGCUGGAAUCCCUCUGGAGAAGGCCAGUGGGACCAGGACCGGAGUCUUCAUAGGCCUGAUGAACAGAGAUUAUGAGACCAACGCUGCACAUGUGCACCCGAGUGUGAUCAACCACUGGACCGGCACUGGGCUCGCUAUGAGUAUCGCAGCAAAUAGAGUCUCGUACAUCUUCAACUUCACUGGGCCCUCACUGUCCGUAGACUCCGCCUGCUCCUCAUCUCUGGUGGCGCUUCAUUUUGCCUGUCAGUCCAUCAGACAAGGUGAUUGUGACAUGGCUGUUUGUGGAGGAGUCAACUGUAUCAUAGAGCCGAGGGUUUUUGUUGCUCUCAGCAAGGCCAAGAUGAUCUCACCUGAGGGAACCAGCAAACCUUUCUCCCACAGGGCAGAUGGUUACGGCAGAGGGGAAGGCUGUGGGGUUGUUCUCCUAAAGCCACUGAAAAAGGCCAUACAGGACCAUGACAACAUCUGGGGUAUUAUCAGCAAAACAGCUGUCAACCAAGAUGGACACUCCGUAACCCCGAUCACCAAACCAUCCACCAAACAACAAGAGGAACUCCUGCAAAGGAUCUACUCCGGAUCUGACCUUGCAAAUGUCCAGUACAUAGAGGCACAUGGGACCGGAACUCCAGCUGGAGACCAAACAGAAGCAAGAAGCAUCUCAAAUAUCAUCGCCAAGGCCCGACCUCCCACUUCAAAGACAUUGAGGAUUGGCUCAGUGAAGGGCAACAUAGGACAUACAGAAUCAGCCGCUGGAGUGGCCGGACUCAUUAAGGUUCUCCUUAUGAUGAAGCAUGAGACCAUGGUCCCAACAGUUUUCUACUCUGAAGAGACUGCCGCUGUAGAUGCCAGAGCACUGAACGUUAAGGUCUCAACAGAAGCAGAAAAGUGGGAAGCACCCGGUGAAAGGAUUGCCGGAGUUAACAGCUUUGGCUUUGGGGGUACAAAUGCUCAUGUCAUUGUCAAACAGCACAAACAAUCAUGCCCCAAGCAAGGGCAUGAUGCAAAACAGGUUAGGUAUUUUGUCUUGUCAGCUAAUUCACUGAAAUCACUUACUCUAAUGAUAAAAGACACCAUCAAAGAGCUAGAAGCAGACAGCAAAACUGAUCUGGACUCUCUGUUGUACACAGCCGCGUGCAGGAGAAGCCAUCUAAAACAUAAAUACAGGAAGGCAGUUGUGGUUUCAUCCAUAGCUGAUCUUAAAGAGAAGUUAAAUGCCACUGUAGGUAAGAAUAUUAGCCAGUCUCACUCAGAUCCAAGGUUAGUGUUUGUUUUUUGUGGUAAUGGCGUCACCUACCAUGGAAUGUGCAAACAGCUACUAAAACACGAACCUGUAUUUAGGGGAAAGGUGAGGGAGAUUUCACAGCUUUUCCAAAGACUGAACAAGUUCAGUGUCUUAGACAGACUUGAGAGUGAAUUGGAGGGCCGUGACUCCCCAAAUCCAGAUGUUGUCCAACCACUGCUCUUUGCUAUCCAAGUUGGGAUUACCAGCUUGCUCAGACACUGGGGUGUCAGGCCAGAUGUCAUACUCGGACACUCUGUUGGGGAGGUUGCAGCUGCUCACUGUUCUGGCCUCUUGUCUCUUGAGGAUGCUGUAAAAGUCGUACAUGUCCGCAGCUCUCUGCAGAGCAGAGUCACUGGAGGGAAGAUGCUCGUGGUGAGCAACGUGGCGGUAUCGCAGGUAGCUGCUUUUCUUCCCAAAUACUCUGGUAGAAUCUCUUUUGCAGCCUUUAACAGCCCACAGUCCUGUACCCUCUCAGGUGAUGCAGAUGCAAUCGAGAGCCUUCGCAAGGAGCUAAGUGCUUCAACCGACCACAAGAAGCUUUUCCUUCAUUUACUGGAUGUACCUGCUGCUUACCACAGCCACAUGAUGGACCCAGUUCUCAAACAGGUCGAGGAGACCAUCGGAUCCUUACAGGUGAAUGGCCUUGACGCAGAGUUGUUCUCAACAGUGACAGGAAAGGAAGCUCAGCAAGGCGAUUUCUGCACUGGGAAAUACUGGGCUAGAAACAUCCGUGAGCCAGUAGCUUUUGAGCAAGCAGUGAGAUCAGCAGCACAAGGAAAGAAGAAUAGAAGUCCUAUCUUUGUGGAGAUAGGACCGAGAAGAGCACUGCAGAGAAACAUCAUGGAGACUUUGGGUGAUGAAACAGCUGUUCUUGCAUGUGCACAGCCAGGAAAAGAUCAUGAAAUAUUAGUUUCUGUUGUGUCCAGGCUCUUUGAACUGGGAGUCCAUGUAGAUUGGGACAUCUUCUACGGAAGAUUUUUGACCAUGCCUCUUCCAAUUCCAAAAUACCAGUUUGAUUGUUUGAGCAGAGAUGUCAUCAUCGGGGCGGCACAGAAAAACACAAGCAUUCACCCUGUGCUCUUUCAGACAGGAAGUGAAAGGAACAUCUACAGCUGUGAUCUGACGUCUGACUCUUCUUUCUACCUGAAGGAACACAAGCACAAUGGUGUACCGAUCAUACCUGGUGCUUUCUACGCUGAGCUGGGUUUAGCUUCAUUCAUGGCCAGUGCUAAACCAAAAGUACCGCUCAGCUCAUUACAGCUCAGCAUCAGCUUUCACAGUCCUUUUGUUCUAACUCAGAACUCCCCUGAAAUGAGAGUGCAGCUACAGACAACAGGCACAGGAGCACGGUUCGAAGUACACUCCUCCUCUGCAACAUACGCAUCGGGUACAGUAGUUUUAAGGAAGCAGAGGCUGAUAGAGGAGCAGUGCAUUUCACGUAGCUCCAUCUUGGAAAGGUGCAAAUCUGUAGUGAGUGCCCACAGGUUCUAUGAGUGCCUCUCUCAAGGAGGCUUUCAGUAUGGAGCGGUCUUUCAGAAUAAGGGAGAUGUAUACUAUGGUGAAGAACUUAAAGAGGCCUUUGCAGUCGUUACAGCUCCAGAAGAAAUCAGGUCUCAGUUGCACGACUACUGCAUUCAUCCUGUUUUGCUGGAUUUCAUGAUGCAGCUUCUUCCAGUUACAGUACAGCACAUUUUUGCAGGUCGACUAGGGUUUCCAACCAAAAUAGGAAGUCUGUCUGUUUGUGAACCCUUGCAAGAUGAGAUGAUUGUCUAUUUGAGAGCAACAAACGUAGGGACGGAUCACUUUGAGGUUUGUGGCUGCUUUGCAGAUAAAGAAGGGAGAGUUUUGGUUGAAGUUAAGCAUGUGAUACUCAAGUAUCUCAGAAGUGCCACUCAUGUGGUUGAGGAGUAUUUCUAUCACAACGCUUUCAGUGUUAUUCCGAAAGGCCUCGCGUCUGCACCUCCUCCAAGGGCCUUGGUCUUUAGUGACCACAUAGGGAUCACAAAUGGCCUCCAACAAUUUUUGGACUCACGGUCUAGAUACAUUUCCUGCACUUGUGCAAAUGAUCUCUUGAGCCACGGGUUUCCAUCUCUAUUGGUGAAUCUCAACAUAACAGACAUAAAGGAAAACUUUGAUGAGAUCUUAUUUUUGUGGGGUAAAGAAGACCUCACUUCACUGGCUGCUGAUGUCGUCCUGAAGAACUUGGUGUGCUCCUGUGAGAUUUUACGACAAAUAGUCGUAGAGUUGAAACAAAUUCACUUCCCAAACCCCAUCAGAACAAUCACCUUUUGUUCAUCUGACCUCACCGUGGGCCACAUAAAUCCAGGCUUUGCUCUUUCUGGUAUGACAAGAUCACUUGCUGCAGAGAUACCAGACCUUCCAUUUCAGCUCAUUGAUAUACACUCUAUCACUGCCCAGGACAUUGAAGCGCUCUCUAAGGUCCUCAGGUCCUGCCCUUGCAGCAAGUACCCCGAGCUUGUGGUCAAAGACGGGCUGAUUCUGAAACCUGCAAUUGUCCGUACUCCACCUGAAAUCUCAGACUCUCCAAAGGCUUCUGUAGCGUCUGAGUAUCACGUGCUCCAAACAGCUGAUGCAUAUCAGAUGGUUCAUCUGAAUUCCGUUCACUUUAAAGAGAAGGCCGAGCCACUCAGUGAUACAUCAGUUGAAAUUUGGCCCACUCAGAUAUGUGUUCAUUCAUCUGACUACUUCCCUGUCAGUGAUUCACACCUGAGAUUUGGCGAGACGCUUUACUGGAACAAACACUCAUCGCAGAACCACAAGAUGCUGGCUCUUGACUUCAAUGGGACGAUUACGGCAGUGGGAAAAGAUGUCAGGAAACUUAAAGUGGGGGACCGUGUGGCUUCUUGCUAUCCUGUGGUGGCAGCCAGCAGGGUCAGGGUCCCAGAGGACGUGUGCUACAGUACCAAACGGUUCCAAUUCCUCCAAAAACAACCCUGCGUUUCCUACUUCGCAUUGGCGUGGGAGAUCCUGCACCAAGCCUUGCCCAGAGCCAAAGGUAAUCUAGGAAUCAUAUCUCCAGUGCCAGAUUCUGCUCUGGUGAAAGUCUUGGCUCUCAUCUUUUCCAAAUUGGGUUGGAAUGUGAUUGCUGGAACACACUGCAAUGGCACUUUUGUAGCUGCAAGUCAAAUUGAUGCAUUUGUCAUCCUGCCUCCACUUUAUGAAGCUCUGACUCCCAAAAUCUGCAACUUUCCAGGUGUUCGACAUGUCGUCUUUGUUUGUGAUUCUCACAUGCAGCACUUGCUAUCUCAGGAUGUGUUCUACAGCCUGAAGGAAAGCGUUCAUGUGCAGACGAUUCAGAUGCCACUCGUUUUGCAAAAAGGAUCCUUGAGAGCUAAAGGGCCACGCAUUUAUAAGUGGCUGAAGAUCUUGAACUUGAAUGGAAAAGUUGCUCUGGAAAGCUACACCUUUAAGAGCAAAAAAUCUGGAAGCAUCAACUCAGAGAAACCACAAUCAUACUUCAGCUCAAAGAAGCUGGCUGUUGUUGCUUUAGAGGAAAAUAUCAGCAGUACUCGGUCUGACAUUCCAUCGCUGCCGUCACAGAAACAGUUGUUCCAAAAGAGAGCAGUGUAUAUUGUGGCUGGCGGUCUCUCAGGUCUAGGCUUUGAAACAGUCAGGUUUAUCUCACAGAGAGGUGGUGGGUAUGUUGUUAUACUCUCCAGGAGCAAAUGCACACCAGAGGUACAGCAGGAGAUACACAGCAUAGAGAAUCAGUGUAGAAACUGCAUCACAACCAUGGAGUGUGAUAUAUCCUUGUCCCGGUAUUUACACAAAGUCAUCAAUCUCAUUGGCCAAAAGUUCUCAAACUGUCCAAUCAAAGGAGUUUUCCACAGUGCAGUCGUCCUGCACGAUGGUCUCAUUGAGACCCUUGACAGAUCCCUUUAUGAGAAAGUCCUCAGACCUAAAGUAAACGGUGCGCUGAAUUUGCACCAUGCAACCCAGCACUGUCCGUUAGAUUACUUCGUGUGUCACUCCUCCAUCUCAGCUUUUCUGGGAAACGCCGCCCAAACCAACUACGCUGCUGCCAACACAUUCCUCGACAUGCUCUGUCACUACCGUCGCAAACUCGGGCUCCCCGGACAGUCGAUCAACUGGGGCGCUCUAAACCUCGGUCUGCUCUUGAACAAAGAUCACUUCCAGCGGUUUCUCGAAGCAAAGGGGAUGAUGGUGUUGGAUGUGGCUGAAAUUCAUCAGAGCUUGGAGCAAUGCCUUCUGCUCAAUCGACCACAACAGGCUGUGUGUAGGUUUCACUUCAGAAACAUCAGGUACAACAUCCUGUCUCAAAACGCAGCCUUGACUACACGCCUGACAGCUUUAGUAGAGGAGGCGUUCCAGAAAUCUAAAGAGAUGGAUUCUCGGUUUAAGCCGACUGCAUCUGUGUCACCAACAGAUUUCAUUCUUUCUCUGCUUUCUGAGACAACCGGCAUAGAAGAAAGGGAGCUGGAGGAAGAAUGUCUUAUUUCAACUUUAGGGAUCGAUUCGAUGCAAGCCAUGACUCUGCAGAAUGUCAUCUUUCAGGAGAGAGGUGUGAACGUGCCUUUGGUGAAACUGUUGGAUCCAAAUGUCACUGUAUCAUCAGUAGCAGCUCUACUGAGUGAGGCUGAAAAUAUUAGUGAUAACCCAAAAUCACUUCUGAUUCAAGACAUGGAUGAUGUUUCGACUAAACUAUAA